AAAAGCCCAGCCCAUGAAUGUGACAAAGGAUGGACGGAGACUUACUGGGUUAGGCGUUUCCUCUUUAGGGUUCUAUUCUGCAGUUCAGCACUUCGCCUCUUCGUCUUCGUGAUUCGUCAUUACUGGGUUAGGCGUUCAACGCACACGCACCGGAAAAAUGAGGCCCACAAUGAUGCUUAGGGCUCUGAAUAAGCAGUUUCUUGGAAUGGUUGGCGAUGCAGCAAAUACUGUCACUAAGAAGCCUCCCCCACCUCCUCUGGUGUCACGCAAACCAGCGUUCAUUGAUGCAUUCUUGUACAAGAUGAAGAAGAACCCAAAUCUUUUGUCAAACAAGACCAUUUGGUCACGUAGAUCCACUAUCUUGCCAGAAUUUGUUGAUACCAGUGUCAAGAUUUACAAUGGAAAAACCACUAUUCGUUGUAAGAUUACCGAGGGAAAAGUGGGUCAUAAGUUUGGAGAGUUUGCUCUCACUAGGAAACGCAAAACCAGAGAACAAGCCAAUGCCAAAAAUGUUAAACAACUUAAGAAAAAGAAGUGAUUUUAUUUUGGACAAAAAAAUAAUUUCAUGGGUCUUUUAUCUUCUGCAACUAUAUACAGCAAUCUGGUUGUUUCUUAGGUUCUCUAGAUUGCUCUUGAAGACCCAACAGGUUUCCCUGAUAGAAUAUUGUCUACGAGGAUCUUCCUGAAAUUUGGCGGUGGUUCCUGUUGAAUUGGUUCUUUGACUAUCUGAACUUUUCAUUUCGUAUAUAAUUUAACUUCUGAAUGAUAGAUCAAUUUAUGUUUAUCACUUGAUUUGAUAGGACCUGGAUUUUAUAGUUGCCUCUGUUUAUGCUGAAUGCCCCUGAAUUGCAUAGGAUGUCAUCAUCAUGGCCAGGAACUUUGCAUGAUUUUGGAAUGCUCCACUGUGGGUGUCCUUUACAGUAAGAGGAAAUAAAUGAAAGAAAAUUGUAGUGAUGUUUUUAUGAAAUUUUAUAUCGUGAAUAAAUGAUAUAGGGUGGUUUAUUUUUA